CAAAGUCCGGAUAGGUCUGCAUAUGCUGGAAUAGACCCUACGGCUGAAAGUUUACAUGUUGGUAAUCUAGUAACGAUAAUGACUUUACUGCAUCUACGUAGAGCUGGACAUAUCCCAUAUUUCGUUAUUGGAGGUUCAACUGGUCUCAUUGGUGAUCCCAGCGGUAGAUUAAAGGAACGCGAUCCGUUGUCGAUAAAUACCGUAACACAUAAUGUACAAGAAAUUCAAUGUCAGAUUUCAGAUUUACUCCAUAAUGAUUUUAAUAUGUGGUCGGAUAAGGAUCAAUUAUUAUUUAAACAAUCCAGAAAUUUCGGUGAUGUUAUUUUAAAUAAUGCUACAUGGUACGAAAACUUUAAUAUUGUCAAUUUUUUAUCAUCUGUUGGACGACACUUUCGGAUGGGAGCUAUGUUAUCCAGGGAUAGUGUUAAGCAAAGAUUGAAUAGCCCGGAAGGCAUGUGUUUAACUGAAUUUUUUUAUCAAGUAUUCCAAGCUUACGACUUUCAGAGGAUGUGUGCCGAGCGCAAUUGUCACAUUCAAGUGGGAGGAAGUGAUCAAUGGGGUAAUAUUGUAGCUGGUUGUGAAUUUAUCCACAAAGUUGAUGGAAAACGAGUUCAUGGCCUAACUGUCCCUCUCUUGACAAAUGCUAGCGGAGAGAAAUUAGGAAAAAGUCUUGGCAAUGCCAUUUGGUUAUCACGUGCUAAAACGUCACUUUAUGAAUUCUAUCAGUAUUUUAUGAGAACGGAAGAUGCAGACGUGGAAAAGUUCUUAAAAAUUUUUACCUUUAUACCGGUCAACGACAUUCGCAACAUUGUAGCUAGACACUUGGAGAAACCUGAAGAACGAUAUGGCACAAAAAUAUUAGCAAAUGAAGUUGCCAGACUUGUCCAUGGCGGUAAUAAGCAUACUAUAUUAAGAUUCUUUUAUUACUAUUUUUAUCUUAGUCUUUAUAUUUUUAUCGAUUUUCUAGCAAAUAAACUACAGCAGAUUCUACGUGAUGUACCGAAUAUUCAACUUAAAUGGGAUAAGUCACGAAACAUGGCCGAACUAGCAUUGAAUUGUGGUGCUGUUCCAUCUUUCAAUCAAGGUCGAAAAUUAAUAGAAAGCGGCGGUUUUUACGUUAACGAUACGAAAAUUACGGAUUAUAAAGCCAAAGUAGAAAGUGAUAUCCGGAGAUUAGAUGGCAGGAUCACAGUGGUCAGGACAGGUAUUGCAUACAUGUUUGAUCUUAUAUACGUAUACGAGUUGUGUUAA